CGCACGUGCAUGGAGGGGCGCGCGAGCCCCCCGCGCGAGCCCCGCGCCCGCCCGGCGGCGGCCGUGCUGUGCCGGGGGCCCGUGGAGCCGCUCGUCUUCAUGGCUAACUUUGCCUUGGUCCUGCAGGGCCCGCUCACCACGCAGUACCUCUGGCACCGCUUCAGCACCGACCUCGGCUACAAUGGCACCCGCGACAGGGGUGGCUGCGGCAACCACAGCGUGAACCCCACGAUGCAGGAAGUGGAGACCCUCACCUCCCACUGGACACUCUACAUGAACCUGGGCGGCUUCCUGGUGGGGCUCUUCACGUCCACCCUGCUGGGAGCCUGGAGCGACCGCGUGGGCCGCCGUCCCCUGCUCAUCUUGUCCUCACUCAGCCUGCUGGUCCAGGUCGUGGUGUCCAUCCUCGUGGUGCAGCUGGAGUUGCACGUGGGUUUUUUCGUGCUGGGUCGCAUCCUCUGCGCCUUCCUCGGGGACUUCAGCGGCCUCCUGGCCGCCAGCUUUGCCUCCGUGGCCGAUGUCAGCUCCAGGCACAAUCGCACCUUCCGGAUGGCAGUGUUGGAGGCGUGCAUCGGGGUGGCCGGGAUGCUGGCCAGUCUCACUGGGGGCUACUGGCUCCGGGCCCAGGGCUAUGCCAACCCCUUCUGGCUGGCCCUGGCUGUGCUGGUAGUCAUGACGCUCUAUGCAGCAUUCUGCUAUGGGGAGACGCUGAAGGAGCCCAGGCCCACCCGGCUCUUCACACUGCAUCACCACCGAUCCAUCGUCCGGCUCUAUGUGGCUCCCGCCCCGGAGAAGUCCCGGAAACACCUGGCCCUGUAUUCACUAUCCAUCUUUGUGGUGCUCGCGGUGCACUUUGGGGCUCAGGACAUCCUGACGCUCUAUGAACUGAGCGCACCUCUCUGCUGGGACUCCAGGCUCAUUGGCUACGGCUCUGCGGCCCAGCAGCUCUCCUACCUCACCAGCCUGCUGGGCCUACGGCUCCUGCAGUGCUGCCUCUCUGACACGUGGGUGGCUGAGAUCGGCCUGGCCUUCAACAUCGCAGGGAUGGUGGUCUUUGCGUUUGCUACCAUCACACCUGUCAUGUUCACAGGAUACGGGUUGCUCUUCUUGUCGCUGGUCAUCACACCCAUCAUCCGGGCCAAGCUGUCCAGGCUGGUGGGCGAGUCAGAGCAGGGUGCCCUCUUCUCCGCUGUGGCCUGUGUGAAUAACUUGGCCAUGCUGGCAGCCUCAGGCAUCUUCAACUCACUCUACCCGGCCACUCUGAACAUCAUGAAGGGAUUCCCUUUCCUCCUGGGAGCCAUCCUCCUCCUCAUCCCGUCCGCUCUGAUUGGGAUCCUGGAAAAGGCUACUUCUCAUCUUGAGUUCCAGCAGUUUCCUCAGAGCCCUGACCUGCCAGGACCAGAGGACAAGAGAGCCAAGGGGGCAGAGUAAAUCCAAACCAACCGGAAGUCUGCACCUGGGCACCUAGCACCCUGUGCCGCACUACUGGUAGCUCCCUUCAAAGGACUGUGCUGACCCUGGACCAGGUGAUCAGGGGUAGCUCAUCCAGUCAAGCCAGCCUCUGAUUAGGAUCCAGAUUCAUAACCCAGGCAGGGAUGUGGCAGGGCAUGGCAGGAGGUGCCCACCAUCGCUUACACCCCUCCAAGGAAGCAGGCAGGUCCUGCUGGAGGUGACACUUCAGGGACCAGGUGGAACAUGAGGACUGGCCUCUCUUCCCAUCACUGCCUGCACGGCCCUCAGGCCCAGGUCUUCCCAUCUACCCAGUGGCCACCUGUCCCUCCUUAGGGAUGACACAGUGCCUGGCUAGUAGCCAGCCACCUACGAGGAGGCGACAGCUGUGGGAAUGGCUCCGGGGAGGGGAGUGCUGCUGUCACCUGGUUAGGAAUCAACCCUGUGUGGUGCCUGCCCGCCCCUGGCUGAACUGUCCCUCAUCAUAAUAAAUCAAUUCAAUCAGA